UAAACAAACAGGCACUGCUGAACGUUCCCCAUCUUCAGACUUUGAGGUUAGCUGACAAUUCUAUCACUUCAUUAGGCAACAAUACAUUCUCCAACUUGCAGUCCUUGAUGACAUUAGUUUUAAGAGGUAACAGCAUGAGCACGCUUGAGGAGAAGGCCUUUAUUGGACUACGACAACUAACCAUUCUAGAUCUUAGUCACCAAAACAUACAGUCUUUCCAGAAAAUGGCGUUCGCAGGUCUCACCAAGCUUUCCAAUUUGAACAUGUCUCACAAUUCCCUGACGGACAUUCCCCGAGGCGCCUUCUUUGGACUGAAUGAGCUAGAGAAAUUAGACAUUCGACACAAUAAGCUUCAGAAAAUACACGCCGAAGCAUUUUAUGGUCUCCCAAAGUUACGAGAGCUGUACACUGAUGAGUACCGGUUCUGUUGCAUGGCAAGGGACAUGGUGUCGCUAGAGAAAUGCGAGCCUCAACCGGGCAUUUUCUCGUCAUGUGAGGACCUGAUGGCCAAUGUGUUCCUCCGCGGAUCCAUCUGGGUGAUUGGCAUCAUGGCCUCGGUCGGCAACCUGGUCGUCAUCCUGAUGCGGAUGAAUAACAAGCGAGACAACCGGGUGCACUCAUUCCUGAUCACGAACCUGGCCAUCGGCGACUUCUGCAUGGGUGUCUACCUCCUGAUCAUCGCGGCGGUCGACUCCUUCUAUCGCGGCCACUACAUCAUAUACGACAAAGAGUGGCGGAACUCGGGGCUCUGCCACUUUGCUGGCUUCCUGUCCACGUUCUCCAGCGAGCUGUCCGUCUUCAGCCUGACCAUCAUUACCUUGCACCGCCUCCUGUCAAUCCUCUUCCCUUUCCGCAUCAAGGACAUAGAGUACAGCGGUGCAGUUCGCGUCAUGGUUGUAGCCUGGCUCAUAGUGAUCUUCUUGGCCGUGUUGCCGCUGACAGGCGUGCCGUACUUUGGCAAUUUCUACGGGCGCUCGGGCGUGUGCCUUGCCCUGCACAUCACCCGCAACUGGCCCCCGGGCUGGGAGUACUCGGUCUUCAUCUUUCUUGUCGUCAACUUCAUCUCCUUCGCCACCAUUGCCGCGUCCUACUCCGUCAUGUUUGUGGUGGCCAGGAGGACGCAGAAGGCUGUUAACAGGUCAAGGGAUGCCAACACGGGUGACGCGAUGGCGAGACGGAUGACGCUUAUCGUCAUGACCGACUUUGUCUGUUGGGCGCCUAUCAUCCUACUGGGCGUGGCUUCGUUGGGUGGAGCAAACAUCCCCAAUGAGGUGUACGCGUGGAUUGCUGUGUUUGUUCUUCCGGUCAACUCGGCUGUCAAUCCUAUGCUGUACACCCUGCUGACAGCCCGCUACGUCCGGCGGGUCAUGAGUAGGGCGCGCACCUCACUCAACCUGUCGUUAUCCACCAUGACCACUGACAUGAAGCAAGUCAACUUUGCAGGAGAUCGGCAGAGCCGGAUGUCCAACGGUCGGCAGGGCUGGCAGAAGGGUAUCCGUCUUCCCAAGGCAGACCCGAACAGGAACGCCAUCAAGCUGACAACAAUCGCCUCCCUGUCGGACACAGAACCGGACGAGGCCGCCCGGGUUGAGGAGUUCAACCUGCUUCGCGACGACCAUCACCGCUCGGCCUGCGCCGACGCCAAGACUGAGGGGGAGGCAAGGCCUGAUGGGGUCUGCCGAGCGAGGGACGAGAAAGGGGUUGAAGACGACAUUUACGACCGGAAUGUGUGAAUGAGGAGAAGGGACAGAUCCAUGUGACGGUAGUCAGUGAUGGACGAAUUUUACCGAAAGGAUCCGGAGUUUUGCUGGGACGAACGCGAAAAGCUGACGCUAUUUGGAAUCACUCCUUUACAUAGAUCUUUGAUGCAGUGAGCGGGGAUGCAGUGGUCCUUUAGUGGAAAUCAAAUCUGCACAUUUCUAUUUCAGUGCUUUCCGAAAAGCAUAUUUUAAAUUGAGCAGUUUAUGGAUGCAAAAUACGCUUCCCACAGGUGAUUUUUAUGCACUGUGUACAGUAUGAUGGGUGCAUAAGUUUGCCCUUGUUAUUUGGAGCUUGCAAACAUUUGCACUUCGAUUAAAAACUGCAUCGUUGCAAUGGGUUUUGCCAAGUACUACGAGCAGGACAUUUUAAAUGUUUUUUAAUGAGUAUACAUGUAUAUUAUCAUGUGAAUUGUGCGUGUAGCCCUAUGAAGUCAAGUGACCAAAAAGUGCGAGCAGUGCGACAGUUGUAGGAUAGGCAUUUUAGCUGUAAAAUAGAUGUAUAUUAUCCUGUGUAUAUCGUUACAGGUAAAUCAGUAUUAUGCACGGUUAUAUUCAUAUAAAAUAAGUAACGUCACUGUAAAAAGUAUGGUAUCUCUAUUCUGGAAGAGGUUUACAUUAUGAAUUGAAAUUUCCGUUUCAAAUUUUUGAAUAAUAAGAACUGUUAAUAUUUCUGCAUAUUUUUACACUUCCCUACCUUGGUCCUGUAUUUCCCCCAUGACUGUCUUUAAUAAGUAUCAUCAAUUUAAUUUUAUGAUCCCGCUUGGUUUAAUUGGUGUGCAAGCCUGGGAAAUAUUAUUUUACAAUUUGAACAGAGACCUCAAAGUGGAUGAUUGAAUGCUCAGGAUCUCACUUUGGACUUUCAGCCCGGUAUUCAAAACAGUAAGGCCAUUCGAAAACAAAGUAUGCGUACCAGUUCGCGUAUGGACCAGCUAACAGACGAUCGCAUGCAUUGCUCUUCUUGAAUGACCUUGGAUGCACUUCCUCUUGGGCAUGCGCUGUUAAAAUACCGAUCUGGCUGAAUUUCUUUUGUUUUGUUUGUUUGCUUUUUAAGGUUUCCGGCACCAGAGUUGGCUGAAUUGUCUGGAGCCUAUAAAGAUUAUGCGUUAACACGUUUUCAGAGGACAAGUGUUUUGUAUCACUUGAUAUGCUCGAGUAAACCUUUUGUGCAUUCAUUGUAACAAAAUUAAAAUAAUUAAAACAGCCUCUGAGAAUUACAAGCAUAGCAACGUAUAACCUCUUUUUUGUCGGGAGUAAAAAUAUAUCAAUGUAAAAAAGGACACAGUUGUUAACCACCACUCUUAAGUUUAGGCUUAGUCCAAUUUCGGUUACAGAUUUAACUUAAGCCCAAUGUCCUUUAUUUGACGUUGUUAACCUGUUAUCUGCAUCUUUUAAAGCGUUUUAGUUGGAAAAAGUGAAAGAGUAUUCGUCACGAGCUUCAGAGUGCUUUGCAGCGAGUCAAGAAAAUGAGAUGACAAUGGAAUUAUGAGAAUCACGAGAGGAGAGCGAUGGGCCCCAGUGAAAGGGGAUGUUUUCUGUAACUUUCCUUUCAUAAAACAAGAUUGUUAACACAAACAUCAUAGCCAUUUUUUUUUUUAGGUUUCCUUUCCUGGGGGGGUUCAGGUAUAGAGGUAGGGUCCUUCCAAAAAAUUCCCAUUUAUUUCUUCAGGGUCUUUCUUCCAUAACCCUUGAUGGAUAUGAUUAUAGAAUGGGAGACAUCGUGCUGGCUUAUUUUCACUGCAGAAAUCUGUCCGGUGUAGGUCUGUGAGGAUGAAGGGUAUUAAAUGUACAUUUUUGGGAGAGUAUUGUUUUCGUGUGGUCCCGGAAACACGAAGAUUGGGAGAGAAUGAACUUGGAGUGCGUGAGGAAAAUUGCGGUAGGCAAAUCAAGUGCGUGAGGCGUCGAGGCUGGUACACUGCGAAUACGACCGUGUUACAUAAACACUUUGCGUUGUGAAAAUAGUUUCUAUAAAGACACCACACUGUGUUAAUUGAACACCACAGAGUGUAAAGUUUGUUUGUUGAUUAGUUACAUUUGUAUCGACCGUCAAAGCAGGGAAAAAUUACUGUGUUUAUGUUGCCAUUCUGGCCAGUGCCGAAUUAUACCUACACACAGGACAGUGAGCAAAUAGACUGAUCCAGUAAGCCCCGCCCACUGCGCACGUAAGUACGCAGCACAUGCUCUUCUUCAAUGCCACACUACAUGUUCCAGACGCACGCAUCCUACGCGCGUGCGUGCGCGCACGUCGGAAUUAUGUGCACGCAUGUGGGACAUAAAACCAAGACUGUGAUUGGCCUGAAAACAAUGGGCAGGGCCUAAUGGAUCCUCCCAUCCGCUUGAACGCCCUCAGGCGCGAGAUGAAACCAUUACGUAAUAGGUGUUUUCCCAAAUCCAGGAGUCGUACAUUGAUUGAUAUUCAAACUUGGUCAACGGCAAAAACGGGACCAUUCGGACAGGUCGCUCAAGCCCAGAUCUCAAAUACAGAUGUACCGUAAUGUGAACGUGCACAAAUAGAUGUUAACUCCGACGAGUCUGCAUUUCCAAUCUUUUGUUCAAGAUAAGAGUUUAAAUGACAGUGGUUUUCUCUUACGUAAUUUGCAACUAUGGAAAGAAAUACCAAGGAAAUAAAUCAGCAUUUUCGAUAACUUGA